AUGGCUGACAGUUCCUCCCUCAUGGACUGGUGUCCUCCUACUCCCGAACCUGUGUACGACCCAUAUCAAGGCGAUUACAUGCCUGGUGGCUGGCCUUUCGAGCCUGCUGCCAAAUCUGCACCGACGCCUGGCACCUUUGCUGUGAAGAGACCACAAACCGGCCUGUUGCCCACGGCAAAACGAGUCUGCAGAGGUUUAUUCUCACUUGGACUUACAGCAACUGCUGUCCUGUCACAGUACACACACAAUGCAACAUUAACCAUUGUCAACAUCCCAACAUACUAUGUCGUCCGUCGAGUCCAGCAGCGCCAGCGCCAGGAACGACUUCAACGACCAAGAAGACAACAGCGCACCCCACCCACAUCACUCACCGAUUCACCAUGGCAGCGAGCAGCGGGGGUCAAUAACGGAUCUCUUUGGGAAAUGCAGCCCUCCCAAGAGGCGCCCUCAUCACCUGCUCCUGUUCCAGUUGCUGCACCUCCGCAGGCCACAGCGAGUGCACUCCCCAACAUCCCUCCUCCCAAUAGUCGGAAGAUUAUCGACCAGUUCGUCCCUUUUCAAGACAUGGUUUGGCAAAUUGGCGCGACUCGCACGACGCGACAGGUCAGAAGACCCGACACCCGAAUCAGCAAACGCCGGUACCAGACUGCGCCAGUAGUCCGCGCGAAUACUCGCCGACCAGCCCGUUCCAUUGACACAAGCUCAACACCCAUCGAAAAGAGAGUGGAAGAACCAACCACACCCCCAACGGAGGCAGCCACGCUGCAGACCCCAUAUCCAGAACUGAAGCCUGCGGAUACCACCACUCCAUCACCAAGCAGCCAGUCGCAAGAAGAUGCCGACACCCCCCGCGAGGGUGAUUCAGGCACAUCCAUAUUGGCAGUGACUAGAUCAUUGCGUUCAAACAAAAGAAAGAUAGAAGAGCAAGGUACAAGAGAAUCAGUACAGAUGCAAGGUGCAUCCACGGGCAAGAGGAUCCAGACAAGUGGUCCAAGCGUGGAAUCCCCAAAGACCCCGACACCUGUCAUCGUCGUCCAAGAAACCUCGUCCGCUGUCAGCGCCAAAGCUCAGACCCCAAUUGACACAAGUUUGUUGUCGCCUCCGCGAGUUAAGAACCGCAAGGUCAGCACACCAAACUCGUCCACCCGAAACAAGGCGAAACUCCCAAAGAAUCCUAAGACGCCAGAGAAACAAAUCAUAUCGAACAUCUGGUCGCCAAAGUCUGAAUUCUCGUCGACUUGCAAUAUAUCUCCAGAAUUGACAUUAUUGGAGGCUCUCAAUCAAGCAAAGUCACCUGCUGAGAGUGACAUUUCAUCGACUUGCAAUGUAUCUCCAGAAUUAACAUUAUUGGAGACACUCAAUCAAGCAAAGUCGCCUGCUGAGAGUGACAUCUCAUCGGCCUACCAUGGUACACCGCCUGAUCUAAGUCAAGACGGGCGCUUCUUCAAUAUGAUCAUGGCAGGAGGCGGACUUUUCAGCCCAGAACGAAAGGGUAACAAACCAAUUGAGCAGGUUGCAGCUACAGAACCAGCUGUAUCCGAACCGACACAGGUCACAGUGUCCGAAACAACUUCUAAUCCUGUUGGCGCCAUGGCACCAGAAAUCGUCCAGGCAGCUGCUGAGACUGAUCUCACUUCUCACGAGCAGCAGGGAAUGGCACAGUCCACACCGCCGGAGAUUGCACAGAACCCUGCCGAGACUACUCCCAGUUCAGAUGAGCAGCGAGCCCUAGAAGAGCCGCCUUCACCAAAGAGUGUACAGGACGCUACUAUGUCUACUUCAGACCAGCAACCAGUCGCAAUAGAGUCCAACAAGGCUGCGAAUGCAGAAGUCAACCUUGUUUCAGAUGACCAGCAGGUCCCAACACAGUCCAACGAGGCUGCAAAUGUCAUUUCAGACACCAACAAACAGAGCUCAGCACCACACAUUGAAGAUGUGGGCAAAGCAGAGCCAUCCAAGUCGAACCCGAAGACACCAGUCAAGAAGGUUCAAUUCAUAGAAACUCCAGUCACCCCUGAGAAGGAGUCAGAGUCGUCUGAGAGGGCCGAAAUCACGACACCAGAGCAGAAACUUGCCACACUGACUCUGGAUGACCCAUACACACCAGAAAACCCACUGCCAAAAGCCAGUCCUCACUCAUCCGAAAAGAAACAUCGGAUCACCAGAGCAGAGGCAAAGAGACUGCAAUUGUUGGAAGAGGCACGGAACUACGGUAUCACGCCGCUCACAGAAGAGUGGGAGAAGAAGAUCCAGACAGCUUUACGCCAGGGUCACGGUGGUUUUAAAGCAACCGACUUCACUCGCGUGGUUCCUCUCACCCAAGGCCGGGGCACCGACAACUGGCUAAACGACGAGGUGAUCAACGGAUACCUGAAACUUGUGGUGGCCCAUGGCCGGCAGAAUGAUCGCCCGACCCAAGUACCGACACACCACGCCUUUGUCUCAUUCUUCUACAACAACCUCGAGAGCAAAGGAUACGAUGGAGUGAGACGGUGGGCCAGCCGGGCCAAGAUCGGGGGCAAGAACCUGUUGGAAACCGAACAAGUGUUCAUCCCCAUCAACAGCGGCAUGCACUGGACGCUAUGCGUCGUGUCGGGCAAGAACAAGACAAUCACCCACUACAACAGCCUGGGUGGGAAUGGGCGGAGGUACGUGCAGACGGUGAAGGAGUGGGUGAGGCAGGAGUUGGGGGCGGCGUUCAAGGAGGAGGAGUGGUCGCUGAACGCCGUGGGGGAGUCGCCUCGCCAACAGAACAUGGAUGACUGCGGAGUCUUCACAAUCACCUCCGCGCGGCAGAUCAUGCUAGGGCUCUCGCCGAUGAGCUACGGGCCCGAGCAGAUCUUGCUGCAGCGGAGGAGGAUUGUGGCAGAGCUCCUCAACGGGGCUCUGCUCAAGAGCAGUGAGUAG